GGCUAAUAUUCUGUUUCUGGAGGCACCGGUCGAUACGGGAUUCUCCUACAGCACUAGAAAUGCAUCUGAAGAGCCGCAGUAUAACAAUCUGCAGACCGCACAGGACAUCUUGGGGGCGUUGAAGGUGUUUAUGGAGCGGUAUCCGGAAUACAAAAAUCGCAGUUUAUACCUGAUGGGUGAAGGGUACGCGAGUUAUUUCGUGUUGGGUACGGCGAUACAGAUCGUGGAAGCACAGGGGGGUGGGCAAAUGAAAGAGGUGAAACUGGAAGGUUUGGCGAUCGGUAACGGGGAUCUGAGCCUGACGCAACAGCUGAAUUCAGCACCUCAAGUGCUCUAUUAUCGUGGCAUGUUCGGGAAGAGAUUUGGGUAUCUUACUUUUGGAGAUUUGGGUAUCGUUACUUUUGGAGAUUUGGGUAUCGUUACUUUGGAGAUUUGGGUAUCGUUACUUUUAACGGUUUGGGUGGGUAUCGUUACUUUUACGAUGCGGGUAUCGUUACUUUUGACGGUUUGGGUAUCGUUACUUCCAACGGGCAUCUACCAAAAUCAAUGCAAUCUGGCGCAAUACGUUCGGUUCAAUGCAUCGGGUAUUCCGAAUGCUUAUCCGCAUCCAUUGACUGAUUUGCUAAAGGAAUGUGGAAAAUUAGUGGUCGAAAUGGGCUACGAGCAAAUUUGGAACUCAAGGUGA